AUGAAUACACUUAGUAGUGAUUCUGCUCCGAAGGUCACAUUCCCUCUGUGUCUCUCUGUCUGUCUUCAGAGUGUGGCUGUCAGUACGGGAACAGGCGAGAACGAUUUCGAGAGGCUCGCUGCUAUCUUGGCAGCUGUGCCUCAGAUCCAGUACGUUUGUGUCGACGUAGCGAAUGGUUAUUCAGAACACUUUGUGCAUUUUGUCAAGGACGUGAGGCAGAAGUUCCCUUCACACACCAUCAUGGCUGGUAAUGUGGUCACGGGAGAGAUGGUGGAGGAGCUGAUUCUCGCUGGUGCCGACAUCAUUAAAGUGGGCAUCGGUCCAGGCUCAGUGUGUACAACCCGGAAGAAGACAGGAGUGGACUACCCUCAGAUGAGUGCUGUAAUCGAGUGUGCUGAUGCUGCACAUGGCCUGGGUGGACACAUCAUCUCUGAUGGAGGAUGUACCUGUCCUGGUGAUGUCUCUAAGGCUUUUGGUAUGUUUCCAAAAAGUCGCUCCAUUUCCUCCAGCACAUACUGACCUGCACUGUACUGACAUUUCAGAACAUGUGUGACUGUGGC